UCUCACACAUCACUUACACUUAGUUAUUAAGAAAUAGAAAAUGUAACCGUUUUGGAUAACAAAUUAAAAUUUUCUCCAUUUUUCAUAAUUUCAAAAUGAAUACUUUGAGUUUGAUGAUUAUUUAUGUGUUUUGUUAUUCAAUUGUGGCAUCAAUUAAUGAAGAAGCAGAAGGUAUCAAAGUUGAUACAAAUAAAGAUGAACUGGAAGAUGAUGAUCCUAUAAUUGAAGAUCUUAGUGAUAUAGAUUUGACAAGUCUUCCAGUAGUAUCCCGUGAGAUAAGAAAAAGUGGAAUGUUUGACUGUGAGUUCCUAGAAGAAGAGUUUGUAAUUUACAGUUACCAUGCUCUAGCUAGAUCAGGGAAUAGGGUAGAGGUCCAUCUAGCAGCUAUCCAUCAACUACCAGCACAGCAAACGAAAAUACAAUAUACAAAUCCAAACUUUCCAGGAAUUAAAGGGUUCUUAGAUCUACGUUUCCAUCUUAAUUGCUUUAAACAAGAUGAUCCCCAGGUUAUUGAUGUUAUAAAGACAAUGCUAAUUCCUCCAAGUGACAAAGAAUACAAUUUUAAAAAUUUGAGUGCAAACAUUAACGGGGAGGUGGGUCAACCGCUUGAUGCUGAACAACUAGUGUUUGGUGAGGACUUCAGAAAUGGAUUCUUCAUUGAAGCUGGAAGCAGUGAUGGUGAAUUAAACUCUGACACUCUUCACUUUGAGAUAAACAAGGGUUGGAGCGGUCUUCUUGUUGAACCAAAUCCUUUGAUGUUUGAAAUGGGAGUGGGUAAGAACAGAAAAGCAUCAUUACUCCCAACGUGCCUGGCCACCCAAACUCAACCUCACAUUGUAGACUUUGAUUUUGAGGCUGUUCUGAAGAAUGAUACUGGAACCUUUAGUAUGGGAGGAAUAGUAAAUGAUGGCAGAGAUGACACUUUCCAGGUUCAAUGUAUGCCUCUCUACUCAAUACUGUUAGCUCUAGGCAAUCCAACCGUUAACUACUUCAGCCUAGAUCUCGAGGGAGCAGAGUUUGCUGUUCUCAAAACUAUACCAUGGGACAAGGUUGAUAUCCAGGUGUUCACUGUGGAAACUCAUAUGCUGGGGGAGGUUUUUCCAGGGUCAAGAGCUGAACUAAUAGAGUACAUGGAGACAGUAGCGGGAUAUAAUCAUAUCAAGGACGGACACGCAGGAACUAAUUCUGUGAGAGAACGAUUGGGUACAACAGACGAUUUGUUUGUUAAAAAAGGAGUUCAGAUGAACAAUCAAAAAACUGAACUUUAGGAACUAGAAUCUGUGUUACAUCAUAUUUAAAUAUUUAAUUUAACUGAUCUGGAAUAAGAAUUAUAAAAUUGACUUUUCAAUAGAAUAUAUAUAAGACGCUAAGACGCAUAUAUUAUAUUAUAUUAUAAGACAAAUAAAGCUAAUAUUUGGCAUGGAAGGGAAACGGUUGUGGCUUCAUGGCCGCCUGCCUUUCCCCGUCCAUGGGAAAUUUCAUCUAUAUAUAAAUUUGG